AUGACAGAUUCAUAUUCAUACCAUAAAAGAGCUCAUCUAAUAUCAUCGGCCAACUACUUAAAUUCCACUUUACAGUCUCGAGCAUAUAUAGAAACAAAAUUGUUAUUUCCUAGUAUAAACUCAAAUGAUUUAAUCUCCACAAGCAAAGAACAAGAUGAUCUGAUUAUUAUAACUGAUGAAUUAAUACGAAAUGAUCAAACAAUAAUAGAUGUAAUGAUGGAUCUUAUACUGUCAAUUGAUAAAUAUCGGAACCAACAAAAAAUUAUAAAUGAGUCAAUAACGUCAAAAAAUAAUACAAUUGAAGAAUUAAAUAAUAGAGUUAACAUAUUGGAAAAGCAAUUAACAAUAAAAGACAAGAAGAAUAAAGAAUACCUAAUCGAGAGAAACAGAAUUAAAAAUAAAUAUGAUCAAGUGAAUUCAAUAAAUAAAGUCCAACAUAAAAGUAUCAAGAAUCUAUCAAAUUCAAUGAAAGAUAUAGCAGUAAAGAAUAAAAUAGAUAUGAAAAAGAAAGAAUUAAUAAUUGAUGAAUUAAAAACCAAAUUAAUAACGAAGAGAAAUCUUAGUUCAACCAUAAAGUAUGGAAUACCUUUAACUCCUACAUUGGAAAAAAGUCAAGACACCGAUAUACCAAUCACAACAUCAACUUCAACUUCAAUUGAAGAAAUCUUAUCAAAUAAUAUACCAAUCGAUGACAAGGAAAUACUACUAAGUGACGAAAUACUAUCAACCAUUAAAAAAUUUCACGAUAACGAAUCAUCAAUAUAUAUCAAUCAAUUAUCAAACACAAUAAAUGAUAUGACAUCAGAAAACUAUAAAUUAACAAAUUUAAUAAAAUCAAUUGAAAAUUAUUUAUCAUUAUUAAAUUUAAAUCUAAUAUCUUUUAAAGAAAUAAAUUUAGAUGAUAUUAUACCUGAUCCAUUAGAAAUUUUAAAUGAAUCAAUAAUAAAUGAAGUAACUGAUGAAAUAAUAAUGAAACAUUUUAAUGAAAUCGAGAAUUGUGAGUUUUUAACUAAACCAGUUAUAGAAGAAUUUUUAAAGUUUUACAAUAAUUUAAGAGACGUUUUAGUACUUUCAAACCUUCAAAAUUAUACAACUACAACUGCUUGA